GCCAAUGACAAUAAAAACAAUUCCACAGUUUUCUGUUUGCAAUGAAGAAAUCUACAUAAUUAGAAAGAAAAACACAUCAAAUGAACGACGAAUAUAAAAUAUUUAAUCAAUUAGUAGCAAAAAAAUUUGAUUGAGAGCAUAGUGUAGUUGUGGCGUGGAACAAGUUAUGGAACGUUUAAUGGCAGUGACAACAUUUCAGAAAGCGAUUGAUUCGCUUAAAACAACGGAAUGCAGUCAAAAAGAGAAAUUGAUAUUAUUCACGCAAAUUUCCGACUCUAUACAAUCGCCAGCAUUACGCGGAAAUGUAAAUUAUCUCGUUUAUGUCAGCAAUGCCGUAUCAAUUUUGUUAAUGUUUUGCGAGGAUGUCGACUCAGUUGUUCGCAUGAGUGCCGAAGAAAAUUUAAAUCGUGUGAUUCGAUUUUCAACACCAACAAAUGUCGUUCGCAUUCAAUAUGAUCUGUUUCAAGAGAUAAAACGUAAUGGUAAUGAUCGUUCUCUACGCAUCGCAUUAAAUCAUUUUGGACAUUACGCCCACAUGAUAAAACAACGCAAGGUUAAACCGUAUGCACUGAAUCUAUUGCCAUGCAUUUUAUCUAUUUCACAACGAAAGGAACAACAGCUGAUUGAAACACUUUCACAGUUUUUCGAUAAAUUUUGCACAUUUUUUCAAAUCAGUCUCACCGAAAAUGAAGUUUCCAAUUUGAUUGAGUUUUUCUUGAAAGAUGCCAUCAGUUCAGAGUGUCCAGUGAAACGACGGUGUUCAGCGUCAAAUGUUAUGACAUUAAUUGAACAUGCACGACGACCGGAUGUUAUGGCUAAACAUGCACUUACAUUAUGUCUCGAAAACCUGGUGAAAGAUUUUACAUUGAAUACAAUUGUCGGUGCGCUUGGUUUACUUCGGAUUUUGCUACCGAAAUUACUGACAACCAUUUCACUGGAGCUAUAUGUCAUUCAAAAAAUCAUCGAAAUUUAUGAACUAUGUUUGCAUCUAUUGAGUGACAGCAAUCACACCAUUAUAAAUGCAUCAUUAGAAUGUCUUAGUGUUAUUUUAAAUCAUUCCAAACCGCAGCUAUCAAACCUAUUGAUAAAUGAUAAAUUAAUUCAUAUGGAAGUAUUAUGUAAAAAGCGUUCGUUGAAAAAUCAAAUUUUUCACCGUAAAUUAUCGACACCAUCAAUUGACACAUCGUCAAAAAAUCAACUAAUAUCGUCGCCAAGCGACGUGGCGAAAAUGAAAAAAUUAAGCAGUCAUGUGCAUUCGAGUACGAUGACAAAAGAGCUGGACAACAGUGAGUCGGAUAUAUCAAAUGUGUUAGAUUAUGUAACAGCUCAUAAUGCGUCUGUCGACGAUAAGGGACUACUCACUGGCAGUGACAUUGAAUUGGAUUCAUUGCGAUUGAAUGAUUUUGAAUUGUGCCAAAGCAAUGAAUCAUUGGUUCAAUUAUCCGGACGAAAUUCACCGGCUAUCAAAAAAACACCCACAUCAAAUCCAUUGAAGAGUCAAAAGUCCACCGAUUCGAUCGGAUCAUUUUUGAAUACAUUGAUUCAUCCGAAUACGGAAAGUGUUACGAAAUUUUUUCGCGUUGGUUCAUUGGGUCAACAAUCCGAUACACAAUCAAGUACGAUUGAAAAUUUGGCAGACGAUCUAAAUCAGACGGACGUAAAUAUUUCGGAAACAUCCGAUGGCAGUAUGUUAUCGAUAAAUUCAUCUGCAUUUGAUAUGCUUAAUAGAACCGAUGAUUCAAUUCCGGAAAUUGAAAUCUUAAACGAACAAGAGAUUGCAACGAUUCGAUUGGAAGCAGAUGAAAUGAAUCGAGAAAAAUCCGAUGAUAUGGAUCAAACAAUUGAUGCUGCGUCAACCGUUCAUUUUGAAACCAUUGAUCGUGAAUUGCUCAUCGGUAGUAUUUCAAAUCAACCGUUAAUUUACUAUACCGUACGAUUGAUUGCGUCGAAAUUUUUAUUGGUCGGUGUACCAUACAAAUUGAUCGACGAUUGUGAUGUACGUGUCUCAAUAAAGAAUCUCUCAUUGGCUGUAAUUGGACAUUGCGUCGCGUUAUGUCCACGAACACUGUUACUUUCACUUCAAUACAACGGGCCCGAAAAUUUAGAAUUUGAGCAUGAGUCGGAUAGUGAAGAAUCGAUAUGUUCGAAAUCCGAAAAAAAUUCACCAUUAAAAACGAAACCAAAUAACGAUCAGGCCGAUCAAUUAAAUAUAAAGGACGAUCAUUUUGGUGAAAAUAGCAAAGUACCAAAUACAUACUUUGACUUUUUCUUUCCGCUUAGCAAGAGUGCCGAUAAUGUCCUAUUGUCACGACUUAAUUCGGAUAAUAUUGGCGCCGACAAUAAUCGACGAACGCAAAAAAAACUAAUCGGUGAUUUAUCGGAUUUGCUAUCGAAAUCAGACAUUUUGGACUCAAAACCGUCGUACAAAAAUCUUGAUAUUACGACCGAAACCAGCCAAAAUACAAACGAAAAAUCAACAAUCAACAGUCAAGCACUCAUUCAAUCAAUAACCGACGAUGGAUCAUUACAAUUUGUUGAAGAUAUUUUACUAUUUUGGAAUCACAGUGAUCCGAUUUUACGAGCAAAUGUUCAAUUGGUAGCCGGAAAUUUUCUAUUCAGUGUACUAAACGAAUGUGAAUCGAUUGCAAAUUUUUUUGAACAUCUUGAAAUCGCGUCCACAUAUCGAUUUCUCAAUUUUAAUGUACUGUUUAAUAUUUUGAUAAAAGGUCUGUCUGAUGAAAUCCAUACCGUUGUCAAACAAUCGCUGGUUUCGUUGGAGAAAUUUUUUUCCAUUUUAUUGGAUCAUCGAUCGUCUUGGUUUUAUCGAGGUGACGCUUGUAUGCAACCAAUUGUUACCUGUACCGAAGAUUUUCCAAUCGAAUAUUGUCAUAUUUCCACAUCGAUAUCAUUGUUGGAAGAAAUACUCGAUAAACUGCCGCUUGUCUUCGAAAACAAAUAUUGGGUCAUUCAGAACAAGUAUUGUCGAUUUAUUGCAACCAUCAACUAUGAUGCGAUUGAAGAGAUUUUCGGUUUGGAUAAAGGUCGAGAGUACAAGAAUCUCUUUGUGUCACACAUGUAUGCGAUGUUGAAAGACACCGAUGCCCGAAUUCGAAAUGAGGCGGCCACCGCAAUUUUUGAGUUCAAUCUAUCACAAGCAAUGCGAAAAACAAAUGUCGCCCAUAAGCAUGCGAGUGAUACAUUGACCAUUGAAUUUGUAACUGAAACACUAUCAAAUGAGGUGCCAUUUUCAAUGGUCAAUUCAACGGGAACAUUAACUGGAUAUCAGUCAGGAUUAGGCGAUGUUGGCCAUCGACAGUUGAAACGAGUUUUGGGAAAACAUUUGCACGAUUUGACCAAUAAGCUAUUUGAUUUAAAAUCGACCGAACAAUUGUUAGGUGCCACAAAGUGUUUGCUUAACACAAUCAAUUCAUUCAGUCCAAUUCAAUUCGUAGAAAUUUGGUCGGAAUAUAAUGUGUUAGACAUAUGUGUUGAGCUUUUGAUUUCAAAUUACCCAACCGGAAUUGAUUUGUCGAGUCAAUGCGACUUGCUCACCAUAUCAAGCAAUUUACUGGCCGCAAUGAAUCUAAGAAAACUACCCGAUGCCAAUGGUCAGAGAAAAGCGAUCACAUCAUCUCUGCUGGGACAUGUCAUGAAGCUGUUGAGCAUUUAUCAUAAUGUAUUGAUUAACAAGCGUCCGGUUUUCAUUCCAAAAGGCCAAAAAGCCGAUCUUUUUGUGAAUAGCAAAGAAGUUCAAUUGCUUAAUAGCUAUGGAUAUUUUGGAAAUGAUUAUUUUUACUUGAAAAUUUACAAAAUACUUCGAAUUAUUUACGAAAAUUACAAGAUCACAAUAAACGAGGAAAUCGAUUUGAAACUAUUCUCCUUGCUACGAGUGUGCCUUCGUACAAUGGCAUUAUUAAUUGAAAUAAUGGAACCAUUCACCGACACCGAAUCGACAUCAUUUUUCGAUGAGAUUUUAAUUUAUAUCAAAACAACACUCAUUUACGAGCCAAAAAUGUCGGUGGUAUGCAUCAAGCAUCUCAUUCGGAAUAUGUUUUUGAUGACCUAUCCAAAUUGGAAAAUCGAUGAAAAUCUCUUCGAUUAUGAGCGCAUACAAACGAUGGCACCGCAUAAAAUGUUCGAUUAUUUGGAUGAAAUUCGAUGCCAAACACCAGUGCCACAGAAAACCAGUGUUAAUACAACACCCAGUCAUGCUGGAUCAAAAUUAAUCAAUUUUUUGGCAUCCACGUCAACACCCGAAAAACAAAAAACCAAUUCAGAUCAUCGAAAUAUCAAAAUAUUUGAACCAAUUGUGAUACAAUGCUUAAAGCUAUUUACUAAAUCCGAUUCGGAAAUGCAAUCAUAUGUUUUAGAGAUGUUGUGCCAAGUGUUACAGUUAAAAGUAAACUAUUGUCUACUUGAUGCCAACAAUAUUUUCAUGGAAUUUCUUCUCAAGUUAAUUGAAUCGAUUGAAACGGGAAUCAUUAGAAAUAGCCACAUUUUAACACCAAAAAUUAUCAAGAUUCUCUUUUAUUUGGCAAAACAAAAAGAAAAACCACAAAUGACAAUACCGAAGAUUAUCAAUAUCACCGAUAAUUUGCUGGCAAAUAGCAUCACAAAAAAUGGUUCGGUUGAAGCUCUAUAUCAAUUAUCGUAUGAAAUUUAUUUUCCACGGCGCAUCGAUAACGAACCUGUUGAGGAUAGUCAACAGAAUACAAAGGAAAAGAAUACGCAAAAAGAGGUCGUAUUUAGUAUGCUGUUGAAAUUCAUCGAUUCCAUCAAGGUGAAAAAAAUGAUUUGCAUGAUUUUGAUGAAGGAAACGAGCGGUUCAAAGGAAAUCCAUGCAGAGCUGGCUGAAUGUUUAUUACACACAUUAAGUGAUCAAAAGGUUCUUGUAACAACACUGGAUGACUAUCAUUUACUGCGAAAAAUGUGCACCCACAUUCGACCGUAUUUGAUCCAAGAAAAGGCAAAUUGCUUGAGACUUGUGUCACGGCUUCAAAGACGAAGUGAUUCGAUAUUGGAUGACGUGGCAGUAAAAUCGAUAGUUUUGGAGUGUAUUUCGGAGGUGACCGAUGAAAGUACCGUUCUCGCCUGUGUGGCCAAUAAAUUGGAUGCAACUGCUGUGAAUAUUUUGGCCGAAAGUAUUCGAAAUGACUUGAUAUCCAGUAUCAGUUACACCGGUUUCGAAUAUAAUUUACUGUUUGAAGGCAAUCUAUGUAAAAUCAUAGAAUUCUUACAAAUACUGGAAUGCUAUUUGAAUGCGAUCACAAUUAUUUUACGUAACUACAAUGAAACGGCGCAGAGUUUUAAAAGUUACUUCGGUGUUGAUUCGAAAUUUUUGGAAAUUGUAUUGAAUUUUAUGAAGAAUCUACCAUCAAUAGCCAAUUCAUCGAAUAUUUCACAGCGAACCAAUUGGUGUACAAUCAAAAUGAAUUUUGCCAACAGACUAUUUGCCUUUAUUUUUGAUUUGUAUGAAACGUCCGUUUUCGUUGACGCAAUAAUGAAAAAGGCCCAAGAAAAUCACGAAAGAGCAAGAACAUUAUAUGAUCAAUGUGUUACAUCGAUCUUAAUUCAAACGCUUACUUCGAAAACUCUGGACCAUGUCGUUAUCGAUUUUCUUCUGCAGAAUUAUUUUAUAGAAAUUUUGUUUAUCAAUUCAAAAUUCAUCGUAAACACAGUCAAAAGCGGCGAUUUCAUUGAUUUGAUAUUGAGCAAACUCAGCUGUAUGCUACAAGAGAAUAUUCAACAAAAGAAUAUUCUCUUCCUUUUUCUGGAUGCAAUCGAAGUGUGUGACGAAAAAUUCACAUUACUGAGCACAAACCAUCUCUUAGAGACAACAGUCAUUUUCGAAGAGGGUUCACCAGUCGCACGUCGUUCGUUUUCCAUUUUGAGAAAUAAACUUGUCCAUCUCAAUGAUACUACAAACUCUCAAACCGAACUUAUUGCCUCGCUCAACAAAUUCAAGGCGAUGUACCAACAUCAUGACAUGUUUUCUUUGGUUUCAAAACACAUCGAGGAGAUUCUUGCGGAAAAUCUUGAGAAAAUGCCAGCAUCCGAUGAAAUGAAUGUUAAUAUUCCGAUAAAUGAAGACUGGUUUCAUAAUAAGGCUAUCGAUAUUAUGAAAUCGGACAUAAACAAUCGGCGUAUAUUCCAAAUUUUGUCUGAAGUUAAAUUAGAACAAAAGCUCAUUAAAAUAUUUGAACAAUCUCAUGGCGAUGUUGACGUACAUUUAUUGCCGAUAUUAAUUCAGUGUUCAUUUGAAACUAUGACGUCCAAGUUUAAACAUGAUUGUUUCCAGCAUAAUGCUCACAUGAACUAUUUGAAAUUGUCGCCGAUUUUGAAACAGUCAAUAAACACAUUGUGCAAUAAAAUGGACGUGAUUUUCGCAAAACUUGAGCAAAAUAGUGAAAAUCUUAAUGCAACUCAGACUACGGAUCAUGACACAAUCAUUCAAUUGAAAGAGGUCAUGACAGCAGUUUCGGUGUUGUUAGAGUGUUUAGCUGAAUUGCAACAACAAUGUAUGAUUUACGCCGAGGUGUCAUUUGUAAAUAAGUUUCUGGAUGAGCAUAUGUUUCGCAUGUUGAGCUUCCAGCGACUUGUUCGAUUUUCUUCGAUUUGUUUGAAUUCAAUCGAACAUUUACCGGUGAAUGAAACUUUUUUGGAAAUUGCAUGCAAUUGUAUAAAUCAUAUAUUAAGAACGCAGGCCACCUUCAAUGAAUCGAAUAAUUUUUUUGCCACCAACGAAAGUCAUGAUUUUUUCAAUCGGCUACUUACCAUUCUGUACGAAAUUAUUCGAAAAAAUUUUGCCAGCCAAUUAUUUUUGGAGAAAAAUCAACUGAAAACAAUACUUAACGAACGAACACAAACUGAUUUCAAUAAAACAGACACAGCAGAUUUGUCAUAUGCAAGAGCAAUAUUUUUGGGUGUUUUUGUCGAAAAUUGCUUCGACCCGAAAGAGGAAAAGACACAGCAGAAUGCCAAUCAAUUGAACACAUUCAAAGAUACCGUAUUAUCAUUAACAGUGGCCACUUUGCGCAGUGAAUCAUUCUAUUUCUAUGCUGUGACACCGAGAGAAAUUAUCAAUUCAUUUGAUUGGCAACAGAGUGCAAACCAAACCACCACAUUUCAAUCGGUUCCGAUUGAUUGCUUAAAUGAAAUUGAAAUCGUUGAGAAGUUUCUGAAAAGAAUAAACAUUUUCGGAUUUCCAUUACGUCAGCAUUUUGAGGAGUUUUUCAUGUCGUUGCUUUUACUCAUAAAUAAAGUCAAUGAUGAAAAUAUUGUUGAUGCUCAAGAGGAAUAUCAAAUUAAAAAUGUGUGCCUAUCGGCCUUAUUGGAGUUGUUAAUCUCAUGUAAAAUGUAUCCCAACAUUGGAGAUAGACUGAAUGGCAUGUUUCAUCAUGUACCCAGGCAGCAACGACUCAUUGCCGAUUCAAUAAGUUUGCGAAAGUUACACGGGAUUCAAAACGAAUUGAUGCGGCCACCGUCUGUCUUUUAUCUACCAAAUUUGGAACGAUGCGAUGUGCCCACCAAUAAUAUCAUUGGAACGGAGACAUUUCAUUCGCAACAAUACGAUUUGAAUGUGAUAUGGCAUAUCAUUGAGGGACAACCAGCAGCUUCGCGAAGUAUUAAUAUUGAGCUUAAAAAUAUGAAACAUUUCUUGGAUGCGUCGGCUAUCGAUUUCAACAGCAGCAUUCAAUUAACAUUCGAUGUUCUUACGCAACUUCUUGAGGUCAAUAGCAUCCAGAUUUUGCCACAUAUUGUGAAAUUUGCCGAGCUAUGUGAAAAUCGUGAACAGUUUCAUUGGAUUAAAAAUGUUAUGAAUAAAUUGCACGAAUCAAUACCGAAAGAAAAUGCAAUAGCCCAUCAGCAUAUCGCAUACUGUUUGUGUAAAUCGUACGCCAUUCUGAUACCAUCCGUGCAAGAUAUAAAUCAUUUGUGUCAUCCCCUCGUUCUUGGAAAUUACCUGAAGAGUUCGCAUUUAUUCGUGCGUACUGCAGCGCUUAGAGGUGUACUAUUGAUUUUUGAGUCGUGCAUUAAAAGCAACACCACGAUAGGAAGUUUAAGUGAAGAGAUACUAUUGCUUCGAACGUUCAUUAGUAAUUAUAUAACCCAUCAUGGGCUCAUCGAAGAAAGUUCGCUAUCGUUCAGCAAUGAGCACGCGAUACUUGUAUGGACGCUAAACUUUUACGUCAUAGAAACGACAUCGAAGUUUAUUCCUGAUUGUGAUAUGAUGGCCAAUCAAACAGCACUCGGACUUAUAAUUAUGUCAGCGAAUAAUGUGCUUAAGCGAACAACGUCCUUGACACUGUUUUUAUGUAUCAUUCAUGGUCUGGAACGUGUGAUAAUUUCCAAAAUAGCUACAGAUUAUUACCACCAAAAAAUUGAGCGGCUUGCCCUUGAUUUGGUUAAGUUAGAAAAUGAACAGUUUUCAUUGUCAGCGCUGAAAUUAUUGAUGACAUGCAUGUACAUUGGUUCCAAUGAGCAGCUAGAAAACACUGAACGGUGCAAUGGAAUUGUGCAAGACGAGCCAGAGGUAAUAAUGCAAACAACGGAAAAAAUUGAAAUAUUUUAUCAGCGCAUUAAAUUGGCCACAUCGCCAGGUGCACAUAUUUAUGGCUAUGCGCUAUGUCAACUGACUCACGAUUUGGUGCCCCCAAAAGAACUUUUAACCAAAGUGAUUAAAGAGUUUUUGACAGUUAGUCAACCACACUGCGAGGUUAUAGCCACACUCGUAUUUCAGGUAUUCCGUUCGGCUAUUGAUUCGGCCUAUUUACCACUGUUACAAGAUUGGUUACUGUGCUCAUUGCCAAAUUUUUUGUCAUUUUCAACGCCAAAAAUUAUGUGGUACCUGAUUGUAAUUUUCAUAUCAUCGUCAAUUAAUUUGAGUCUUAUCAAAAUAUUUCCACAAGUAUUGGCCGAUUACAAUGCGAUUUUCAACAAUUCUAUACGUGAUAAAAUGAACAAGAGACACGAUAUAUUGACAUCAACAUCCGCAUCGCUUCCAAUUAAAUAUAAAGACGCGACCAGUGAGUGUGUGGCAAUACGGCAACGUACACUUUUUAUAUUGGCCUGUAAAGAUUUUUAUGAACGUCUCAGCUGUGAACAAAAGCGUACUUUCCGUGAUAUAUUUUCAAAUAUGCAGGAGCAAGAAAUCUAUAAUAUGUUGAAAGCUUUAUAAAUUUUAUAUGAAUGUACAGAGAGUCUGAAUUAAAAAUGUCUGUUUGUUGUGCAAUUUAUACAGUGACAUAUUUUUUCACUCAAGCAAAACUCACAUUUAUUCAACAAAAUUGUGGUUUUUGUAAUGACAAAAAGAAUAGAAAUAAUCGAAAUAAAAAUUAAAUAUAGAAAAUGAUCAUAAAUGUGGAAUAAUUCCUAACGAAAUAUGAUCAGUCAGUAUCAUUCAAUUAAUAUGAAAACUUAUAUUUUGACAUAAAAAAAUUGUAUUUUGGCAACACAAAUGUGGACGUCUACAGUGCAAGUAUGGGACACAGGAACAGCGUCAUGAAAUCACUUUUUAAUGAAAUCGCAACUGAAAUUGAAGUGUUAAAUGAUAAUAUUCGUGGUUAUACGAAUAACGUAUUGCAGGUAUCUCUACGAAUGGCAUUCUUCUGGACUACAAAGGAGAUUUGGCACCUGAGCUACUGAAUGGCGUUCCCGACAAAAAUUUGUCAAAGAUACUCAGCGCAUUUGAGAAAAUGAAUACUGCAACGGACAAUUUUAAGAAUAAUGUAUUGGAAUGCAAACGAGAAUUGUUUGGGCUAAUUUUUAUGGGAACAUUACAACAUAUAGCACAACAAAUUAAUCAGUUAAUACCUUAUGCGCCAAAGAGUCGAGUAGCUUUUGUAGACAAGAGUACAGAAGUAAAUACAUACAACGAGUGUGUAUAUAUUAUAAAUCCAAUAUUGGAAGGAGUAGUCACUGAUGCAUCUUUGGCAUUUAUCAACAAUGCAUCACAGCCCGACAAAAGGGACAUAGUGCAGUUUUUACCUUGACAGGUUCAAGUCGCAGAUCAUCAUUUUAAUAGUAUAGUCAGGUUUUAAUGAGGCUUUGGUACUCUUUUUUCCAAUAAA